GACGGACCCUAGCUGUCUAUCUAAAUGCUGGACAAAUAAGCACUAGUGUGCACGGAGAUCGAAUGCGUUAUUAACCUUAGAAUUAAUAGUAUUGCUAGAAUUAUCUGUCGGGCAGAGAAAAGUAUAUUAUUGUGUUGCACUGUCGAAACAAAGGUUGAGGGCAAAACAAAAAUAUCAAAGUGCAGUCACUGAAAAAGUACUUGGAAUUAAAAGAACUGCAAAGGUUCCAGCAUGUAUCACAACAGUUCGCAGAAGAAAUACUGGACAUUUGACAAGGAGGAAACUUUGGAAAGACUGAGAUACCAGGCCAACCAGAAGUGUCGUGAAAAAAUCCUUAGUAGCGGGAAGGCUGGGGUGAAUGAAUCCUUCCUUCUGGAUCCCCUUGAGGAAGAUGUUCUGUUCAGACACUACGAGAAGCGGCUUCUCGACUUCUGCGCUGCUUUCAAACCCAUCAUGCCCAAGUCUGUUGUGGGCACAGCGAAUAUGUAUUUUCGAAGAUUUUACCUGAACAAUUCCUUAAUGGAAUAUCAUCCUAGGACCAUCAUGCUGACCUGUACGUACCUGGCCUGCAAGGUGGAUGAGUUCAACGUGUCGAGCUCUCAGUUCGUGGGGAACCUGCAGGAGAACCCGGCCGGGCAGGAGAAGGCCCUGGAGCAGAUCCUGGAGUACGAGCUCCUCCUCAUCCAGCAGCUCAACUUCCACCUGGUGGUGCACAACCCCUAUAGGCCCAUGGAGGGCUUCCUCAUCGACCUCAAGACGAGGUACGUGACGCUGGAGAACCCGGAGGUUCUGCGCAAGACGGCGGACGACUUCCUGAACCGGGCCACCAUGACGGACGCGGGCCUCCUGUUCUCGCCGUCGCAGAUCGCCCUGACGGCCGUGCUCAACAGCGCCUCCCGGGCUGGCCUCAACAUGGAGAGCUAUCUGACAGAAUGCAUGGGGCUGAAGGAGGACAAGGAAACCCUUUCAAAGAUGAUUGAUUCCAUGAGACGGAUAAAAAACCACGUUAAGAAAUACGAGCCUCCGAACCUGCAGGACGUCGUCGCUUGCAAACAGAAGCUGGAGCGGAUCCACGCGGAUUUCGUUACGCACACGAACUCAAAAAGGAAGAGGGGGUAUGAAGACGACGACCAUGUCACCAAACAUCACCACGUCGCAGAGGAGGAAUGGACUGAUGAAGAUCUGGAGUCUCUCUGAAGAAUGGACCAAGAGCACGUUCAUUAGCAGCUUCUUAGAGCUGCUUGCUUGGAGAGUGCAAAAAUAUUUGACCUGUAUCAGUGCCACUUAAAUAGAAAAUGCUUUUGUAAAGCAGAGGAGAACGACUGUCUGUGUGGUCAAUGUUAAGGCUGGCUGCCAAUUAAGUUUUCUUUGUUCAAAUUUUCAAAUAUGUUGUCUUAUUCCAUUUUUCUUGCAGUGGCAGCAGGGUCUAUGUUCUUAAUAUUAGUUACAUUUGUUUUUUGUAGGUUUAUUCAUAAAUAUUAAAGCCUUUGUGAAAACAUU